CUUUUUCCAUACACACACUGAGGAAGAAUCAAUAUUUUCUCUUAAUGCAUCCUGUUGAGACUCAAGAGUCAAAUGAAGCAGAUCUAAUUUUUAACUGCUAUUGUUCUUUCAGAGAAAACUCCACAGAAACUGGGAAUAAAAAGCAGGUUUCCGGUUUUGUGAUAAUAACAACAUCCUGAUGGAAGGAGAUGGGUUCUAUUCGGUGAUGAGGACACGGUUUGUUCUUUGCUGUGUUUACGUCGUGUGCUUCACUUCAGCAGUGUGCAGCAGCAGGGAUAAUUCACUCAGUCAUCAAACUAUGAUGCUGCGGACCAGUCCAGAGGUGGUGGCACGCUGUGGAGACAAUGUGACCCUGACAUGUGAUGCCAGUUCAUCACAGCAAUUCGAGAUUAAGAAGUUUAUCUGGAUAAGUCCAGAAAAACCUGUAUGCCAGUUCAGGGGGGGGAAACCUGACCCUGGGGUCGUAUGUGAAAAUAAAUCACAACCUCUGCAGAGCUCACUCAGUAUGACCCUCAUCAACAUGCUGCCGGCCAAACAGGGAGAAUACAUCUGUAAACUGCAUUCCACUCUCGCUAUCAAGGAUAGCACAACUAUUGUCAAACUACAAGAGUGUUUCCAAAGUAAUGGAUCUUCUCAGAAUAAGUCUCAUGCCGAGUGUUGGUUCAAUGGAUUUUACCCCAAUGGUACAGUCCACUGGUUCCAUGCAGGUGUUAACCUGACUGAAUCCGCCAGCACACAACAAGAACUUAAUGAACAUGGACUCUACAACGUCAAAAGCAUCUUGAAGCGUGAGCCCCAAAACACAGCCCACUCAUAUACCUGCUCUCUGUGGAUACCUGCCCUGGGGAAAUAUCAGUCCAAUCUCCUGGUGCUUCGGGGUGAGUCCAGAUCAUCAGGAAGCAGGGUUAGUAUACCCUGGAUGUAUGCGUUGGUCACAAUACUUUUGAUAAUGUUCAUGACGUAAGUGCAUCCAGUGUCACUGAAUGAAAAUCUUUACCAGUAGGACAGGCGGGCAGUGCUUCCUGCAGAGUUUACAGGCCUACAUGUUGCAAAAGACCAAUGACUGGAGUAGAGGAAUGUGUUGGUUAAAUAGUUUACAUAAUCUGUUUGAGGGAUUGGGUGAUAGUUCAAGUCAUGCAAAAUAAUGAGUGUUUAUGCAGAGCUUAUAUGGGGAUAAAGCAAAGGGUGGGGCAGGGUUAGCAAGGCAGUGCAGUCCAAUAACUGUAGGUCAAAAUGUCUGUAUGUUAUCUACCUGCCUACCUGUAUGUUACAUUCCUAAUAAUUUUCUCCAUGAGGGAUGACAAAAAUGAGUUCAUGCCAUACCAUGGCUCUUUUCAAACAUCCCAUUUCAUGUGUAAGCUUGUACUGGGAGCAGCACAGUGGCUUAGUGAUUAGCACUGUUGCCUCACAGCAAGACUGAUUCUCACCUGGGGCCUUUCUGUGUGGAGUUUGCAUGUUCUCCCCGUGUU